AUUUGUUGACAGGGUAGGGAGGGAAGAAGAUAGGGAAGCAUGCACACUAUCUCUACAGAAGAAGGAAAACUCAUGCAUCUUCAGUUGCUCAAGCACUUGAAUGCAUCAAACCAUGACAAAUAGGAGCUCUGUCAAAUGAAUAUCCCAAUGAUUCAGCUCCUUCUGCUGCUGUUCCUGUUCCUUGGACCAUUUUGUUCACCUGCACCACGACUCUCGAAAAAGGAGGAAUGCCUCUUAGAAAACAGCAAACUACAGAAGAAAUUGAAAAUGCUUCAAGAUUUAUUCCAGUUAUUUGAAUUUCAGUUGAAAGACUUGCUGGGGAACAAUUAUCACAGAAGAAAAAGCAAAGUUUUCUCUGCCAGGAAGACGGUACCUCUGGAUAUAUUUUUGCCCAUAACUAGUGGAAGUCUCUUAGUCUAUGAUCAAGAUUGUGCAAUGCUGUUUAACAGAGGAAAAAGAGAAAGUGGGUACUAUAGAAUUAAACCACGACAGGACAGAGAACCUUUUCUUGUGUACUGUGAUAUGUCAGAUGGAGGUGGUUGGACGGUAAUUCAACGGCGGUGCAACGGCAAAGAAAAUUUCUACCGAGAAUGGCUCGAUUACAAAGAAGGAUUUGGACAAUUACAGGGCAAGGAUGAUGAAUAUUGGCUUGGUAAUGAUAAAAUUUAUGAUCUUCUUUUCAAUGGGAUGCAAUGUAUUCUUCUCUGCCUAAAAAAAAAAAAAAAAAAGCAAUGGGAUGCAGCAGUUAAAAAGGCCAGUGUUUCCACUCUCAGAGAAGGAAUUUCACUGAAAAUUGAUCUAAUGGACUGGCAUGGAGAGAGACGAUAUGCCAUUUAUGAUGACUUCCAGAUCAGGAAUGAGACAAACAAUUACAGGCUAUGGUUUGGCAUUUAUUCCGGGACUGCUGGGAAUGCUUUGUCUGGGGAGAGCAACUUUGAGAGCCAAUGGUCUGCAUCACUCAACGGCAUGCCCUUCUCUGCUCCUGAUCGGGACCAUGACAGGUUCCUAACAGGCAACUGCGCAGAAGAGAACAAAUGUGGCUGGUGGUUUAACAGGUGCCAUGCAGCAAAUCUUAAUGGACAAUAUUACAAGAAAGGGACAUACUCGGGUCCCUUUGAUAAUGGAGUGGUUUGGUCAACUUGGCGAGGCCUGUGGUAUUCCUUGAAAUAUACAGCUAUGAAAAUCAGGUUCCAGUCCUUUCUGGAUGGAGAGAGUGGAAAUGGUGAAAUCAACUGAGAUAUUUUUUUUCCAUGCACGUUUAAGAAAGAGAAGCAGGCAUGCCAAAAUUACUGUAAAUGUGGCCCUUGGCUUGAGACUUAGCACAAUGAAAAAAAAUCUUACAGUAAGGAGCAUGCUACAGUAAGGAGAAAAAUUAGAUUUUGCUUUGGUUUGCCAACCAUUUUAUCAUCCCUGUACAGUAGCUGACAAUUAAAAAGACAGCUUUUCAUAUAUACAGAACCUGCCCUCAAAAAUGGGCUGGGGGAGGUGGGGAGAAACCCUCUACUUUGUUGAAGGCACAAAGGACAAUCCUGCUUAUUAUUUACUUUUCCUUUACAAAAAUAUUCAGUUGUUGAAUACUGCUUUGCAUAAACUGAAUUUGUUUUUGGAAUUCAUUUUGUUCCCUCUCUUCCAAAAAUUAACCAUCUUUCAGGGAAACACAGAAAAAGAAAAUGUAAGUCAUUGAGGAGAAAGGGUUUUAUGGUACAUAAAGAAAGAAUGAGAUCAGUUUCAUGUGAAUCCCAUCAGAGACCUUCUAAGGAAGGGAAGGGGUUUCUGGCUGCUGUAAAAGAUCGAAAUAAUGUUAGCUUGGGAAGACAGUUUUACCUGGCAUCUCCUUGUCCUUUCUAAAUUUGUAUUUUUAUGAUUUUCUUAAAUUUGAAAAAAGGAAAGAAAAGUGAAAAUCUUGACAGCUGCCUAAUUAAAUAUAAAGCUAGAUGUGCAUUUUCACAAGAGGUUUUUUUUUUAUUAUUCUGAAUAAGCACCAUGUGUUUAAAGCUGUCACUUUUCAAUUUAUAAUGUUUGAAAUAUUGCAACUCCAUGAUGGGCUAAGUGUAGCUUUGGGAUGGAUGUUCUCUCAGCCUUCUGGUAAAAUGUGAACAAUUAUAUUAAUUCCUAAUGUGUGAGAAAUUAUUUAGUACAUUUACAUCAGCCAUAUUUAAUGCAAUUAAACCAGCAGCAAUUGCAAAAAGUCGUAAUCACAAUUAUAUCAUUGUCUUUCAAACAGCAUAAAAAUAAACAUUAGUUCACUGUU